GCCUGCGAUGUCCUGGGGCCCACGCCUGCCCAGAGUCACCCCACCGAGAACCCAACCCUGAGGAGGUCAAGGCCACUGGUGCCUGCAGCCAGCCCCAGUCCUUUAUUCACCAGGACAGCUACUCCAGCUUGAUACCCAUGACAUACCUUCAAAAUAGUCCCUGGCUUCUCAGCACAUUAGCACCACCUGGAACUCCAGAGAGGGGACAUCCCAUACCCCCAACACACAGGACCAUACCUUAAUCAGCCUGAGAAGACAGUGGUGGCAAAAAGACCUGAUUUUGAAUCUUAGCAAUGCCACUUACAUGUGAUCUGGCCAGUGGCUCACUCGCUCACUCUUAGGAAGCUUCCAUCUCCUCUGUGUACAAGGGGGAUAUAAUCCUCAACGGGGGAUCAUGGGAUGGGCCACAAGGAAUGUAGUGCACCUGGCACAUAGCAGGAAUUUUGUGAACAAUGGCUACCACCUUUCCCCUGGGCCCUAGGCUCCUUCCCAUCUCACCAGCCUGGCCACAUCCUCAACACCCAUGUUUAGAGACAAACAUUUAUCAAUCAUCUGUGUUCUACAGGAAACACCAAAGCUACUACAGGUGAUAAAAUGGCACAACUGUGCUCUACCUUCGGGUGUCCUCCAGCCUGAACUCCUUCCUAGUCUCAGCAGGAAUCAUCAAUCCCAUUCCCUUCUGCCUCCUCUCCUGCACUUGGUCCUUACCUAGCCCACCUGUCACUAUGGCAGCCCUGAUCGCAGAGAACUUCCGCUUCCUGUCACUCUUCUUUAAGAGCAAGGAUGUGAUGAUUUUCAAUGGGCUGGUGGCACUGGGUACAGUGGGCAGCCAGGAACUGUUCUCUGUGGUGGCCUUCCAUUGUCCCUGCUCGCCGGCCAGGAACUACCUAUAUGGGCUGACAGCUAUUGGAGUGCCUGCCCUGGCACUCUUUCUCAUUGGUGUCAUGCUCAACAACCACACUUGGAAUCUAGUCGCUGAAUGCCAGUAUCGGAGAGCCAAGAACUGCUCAGCUGCCCCCAACUUCCUCCUCCUGAGCUCCAUCCUGGGUCGUGCAGCUGUGGCCCCCAUCACCUGGUCUGUCAUCUCCCUGCUGCGCGGGGAGGCCUACAUCUGUGCUCUCAGUGAGUUUGUGGAUCCCUCCUCGCUCACAGCUGGGGAAGAAGGCUUCCCACCAGACCAUGCCACAGAGAUCCUGGCCAGAUUUCCUUGCGGGGAGGGCCCUGCCAACCUGUCAGGCUUCCGGGAGGAGGUCAGCCGCAGGCUCAAGUAUGAGUCCCAGCUCUUUGGGUGGCUGCUGAUCGGUGUGGUGGCCAUCCUGGUGUUCCUGACCAAGUGCCUCAAGCAUUACUGCUCACCACUCAGCUACCGCCAGGAAGCCUACUGGGCACAGUACCGUACCAACGAGGACCAGCUGUUCCAGCGCACAGCAGAGGUGCACUCAAGGGUGCUUGCAGCCAACAAUGUACGCCGCUUCUUUGGCUUUGUGGCACUCAACAAGGAUGAUGAGGAGCUGGUGGCCAAGUUCCCAGUAGAAGGCACACAGCCGCGGCCACAGUGGAAUGCCAUCACUGGUGUCUAUUUGUACCGUGAGAACCAGGGCCUCCCACUCUACAGUCGCCUGCACAAGUGGGCCCAAGGUCUGGCAGGCAAUGGAACAGCUCCUGACAAUGUGGAGAUGGCUCUGAUUGCCUCCUAAGGAGUUGCUUGCUACCUUCUUUUCAAAAGACACUACUUUGUUCCCAACAGAACCCAGCUGCCUGCUCACAUCAGCAUCGAAAGAGGAUCUUUCUUUUUUUAACCACAGGUUCUUGGGCACAAGCCAGGGGAACAUAAAGUGGCCUGGGGUGUACAACAUGGUCAGCUGACAGAACUCCCAGACCUGAAGAAUCCCUUCUGUCCUGUGGCCACCAGCUACAACUUUGGGGAAAAGACUUCCAGGACUAAUCCUAAAUUAACUAUGACGUGGAUGAUCUUCGGUGGGAAUCUAAACUGAGACAUCUUGGCUAACAGAGCUAAGUGACAGUGAAACUCACCAGUGGGCUCUUUGUAUAGUACAUUGCGCAGUUAAUUUGUGUCUAAUUGCAUAGGGAUAUUCACCACUGGGAUAACUGCCCUGCAUUGCAUACCUCUAGCUUAUUUUAUAUAUUUAAACUUUUGAUAAAACUUUUCUUACUAAAAAGGACUAGCAAGGUGUCCAUUUGAUUGAAAGGGCAUGGUGGUCAUGCAGACCAGCUCAAAUCCUAUGUCCUGUGGAAGGUAAGGGAACAGGAUUAAAAUGGGCCACAGUGAUGGCAGCAGCGGAGUACCAGAUGUUUUGCACAGGGGAAGGCCAAAGGCUUGAGAUCUCUGGGCAACUGGAUCCAGUUGUCUGAUAUGACCUGGUCAGAGGGAGACUGGCCUUUCUAAGAGGAAAGCUUGGCUGAAAGUUUCAAAGUCAGAAGAUCCUGCCCUUGGCAGGACAGAACCAGUCCUUGGAGCCCAGUGCUAACCUGUAAAACCUAGCCAGUUGUGGCUUCUCCCCACAGCCCCACCCCAGAUACCUCCACCACCUCUAAA